ACAUUUUUAUAGUUUUUGCUAUAUCCAAAUUAGUUGUAUCAUGUAUUUUAAUUAAUAAAUAUUACAGUCAAUAAUAUAAGUAUCAGUAUAAGUUUCAGAAACUGUUGUAUACAUAAAAAACAACAUACUUUCAGAUGUUUUUCCAAAAAAUCUCUGUAGUAUGGCCGGUAUUCAUAGUCAAAUCUUACUUCAAGAUUGUCUUAAGCAAUGUCUUAAGAUGCUAAUACGGCUCUGUGAUUGAUUAAGAUAAUCUUAAAUAUAAGAUCCGACUAUAAAUCGACCGGUCUAGGAUAUCUUUUGAUGAUAUCUUAAACAUGUUUCUUUUAAGACGUCUAAAAUGUCUUUAGAUAUACAUGUUGUCUGUCAGUAAUAUUCUAAAAAUAUCAUAAAUUGUCAGUCAUAAAACGUCAAUAAUGUUUUUCUAAUAAUUUCAUAAUAUGCUUUAUAAAAAGUGUAAAAUGUGUUUAAGAUAUUGGCUGCAUUCAGUAGAAAAAGCAGCUUCGAAACUGUAAUAAAAUUUCUCAACAGGAUUGGUUUUUGUCCUUAGUUCUUGUCGGAUCUAAAUGUAUAAACCAAUCAUAUAAAACAAAACUUUAUAAGCCUUUACAAUGUACAAAGAAUACAAUCUUUUUUUCCCUCUUUUUUUCAAUAUCUAGAUGUAAAUUAUGUUUUUAAUUCAAAAAUAAAGAAAAAUGUAAGGAAUACAUAAUAAUACAAAUAAAGUAAACUAAUUUUAUAUUUAAAUAAUACGCAAUGUACGACUGUACACACAACGUCAUCAAAUAGCAUCAAAUUCAUAUAAAAUUCAGCAAAAUUUUUGUCAAGUAUCUGUCAAGAUAACGUUAUUUCAAUCUCAUAACAAUUGAUUGUUACUUAUGUAUAGACAGAUGUAAACUGCAGCGAUUAUCAAUCAACUCAUUGGAGCGUUCAGUACGCGCGCGCUGCUACAAUGAUUCGAAUUCAAUAUGAGCUGCGAUGGAGUUGUGGCGUUGCGACGCUACGACUUGCGUGGCAUCGUCAGUCUGAAUGUGUCCGUCGUUCCGUACGCAUUGUCGUAUGUCGCUACAAGACCGUUCCAAUUCAAAUUUUAUGUGGCGAAUAAGCAUGUUUCUGUGUUUUUUAAUAUAGAAUUACGAGAGAACGCGUUUAGUGUUGUGUCAAGUGUAAGUGACAGUGUAAAUGAUAAUAAACUGUUGAAAAUUAAAAUAAAAGAUGUCCGAGUCCGUAAAAGUAGCAGUAAGAUGUCGACCUAUGUCUGACAAAGAAUUGCAGCAAGGAUGUAAGAAUGUGGUGACGAUUGAUCCGUCGACAAAAUCCUGCACGUUGGAAAAUGUUACUGGAGUUGGAAAAGUCUACCAAUUCGACGCUGCAUUCAGCCCAUCUGAUACGACAGAAUCAGUCUACGAAAAUGUUGGUUCCGUUAUCGUCGAGGCCGUCUUAGAAGGUUACAAUGGUACUGUAUUUGCUUACGGUCAAACUGGAUGCGGAAAGUCAUUCACAAUGCGAGGAUUUGUUGAACGUACAUUGGAACAUUUAUUCGAGGCGACUUCUACCGCCAGUUCCGAAACAAGAUAUUUAGCGUUGCUGAGCUAUCUUGAGAUUUAUAACGAACGAUUACGAGAUUUGUUACAAGAUAAUACUGGAGAAACCAUGACACUGAAGGAAGACCCGAUUAAAGGUACUUACGUCGCAGGUGGACUGCGUGAAAUCACUGUCAAAGACGCGAGCGAAUGCGCAGCACUAGUUCAACAGGGUGAUCAAAGAAGAGCUGCUGCCGCGACGAAAAUGAACGCUGCUAGUUCGAGAAGUCAUGCUGUUUUAACUCUAUCACUCGAAGCAAUCGCCAUCAAUGACGAUGAUAAACGUGGCAAUGCUAUCAGAAGAGGUCGAUUGCAUUUAGUCGAUCUAGCUGGAUCCGAAAGACAAACUAGAACUGGAGCUACGGGAGACCGUUUGAAAGAAGCUGCUAGUAUUAAUCUGAGCUUGUCGGCAUUGGGAAAUGUCAUUAGUGCGUUAGCUGCAGGAAAUGGAAGACAUGUUCCUUAUAGGGACAGUAAAUUGACAAGACUACUGCGAGAUAGCUUAGGUGGGAAUGCUAGAACUUUGAUGAUUGCCUGUGUGAGUCCAAGCGAUAUCGAUGCUGAAGAAACUCUUAGUACUCUGCGCUAUGCCGCCCGAGCUCGUUGUAUUAAAAAUAAGCCCAUUAUUAAUGAAGACCCCAAAGACGCUCUUCUUAGACAAUAUCAGUUAGAACUUCAACGUUUGAGGAAGUUGCUUAACUCUAACGAUACAUUAAACGUUGGAUUGGACCUCCAAAAAGAUGUCGAAGAAGAAAAAAGGGAUUUGAGACAGCAACAAUAUUCUGACGAGGUGGAAAAGCUACGGAAAGAAUGCGAGAACUCAAAUUUGUCAGCUCAGAAAUUGAAAGAGGAGUUAGAAACUUUGAAAUUUCGUUACGAAUCAGGAUUAAAUAUGACAAAUGAUAGUAAUAAAACUAAAAAUCUUUAUCAAGAACAUCAAGAAAUGAAUGAAUUGGAUAAAGAACGAAUGGAGAGAAGAAGAAAGAAAAGAGAGGCAGCUCUACAAGAUGUUUUAAGAAGAUUGGAAAAACUUACGAUCGGUGGAGAAGAAAUAGGUAAUACGGAACUAAAAAAAAGAAGAGAGAAGAGAAGAAAGAAAUUGGAAGCUCUUGUAGGAGCGCUGGAAGCCAAUGAUGCCAACGGUAGUGUCUUCCAAGUGUACGGUCAACUAAGAUCGACAGAAGAUGCAUUGAAGAAGAUGGCAAAACGAGUAAAACAAUUAGAAGCUGAGGCAGCGGAUCUCCAAGCAUCCUGGGACGCUGAACGUCGCGAACUUCUUCGAAGAGAAUUAUUAACAUCUCAAUUGUGCGACCUCAUGACGCCCUAUCUUCGACCUGGCUGUCCCUUUCGAGAUAUUGCUACAAUGAGAGAAGCAGCGACUUGGUGCGAUGAGUUAGGACGAUGGCGCUUGCCGGACGUAUCUCCUCACAUACCUUUACCACCGGCUGCUCCUACAGCACGGACAGAUAUUCUUUAUCCUGACAGUAUUUUCUCCAAAGCAGAUCACAAUAAUAAUAAUAAUAGUAGCAAUGAUGAAAAUGAAAAUGGUCUAGAUAAUGAUGAUGAAGAAAGUAACGGACAAAAUAUAGAAGAAAAAAAAGGUUGGAAUGUGGUGAAUUCUUAUUUUCGGAGAAGCAGAAGAGUGGAUACCCUUCUAGCACAUGCAAGAGAAGCAAAAACUUUUGAGCCAGGAAAUCGACUGAGCAGAUCAGGAGGCUCGGAAGACUUGGGACCAAUAGCAGGUGGCAACAACUAUUUGCAGCUAAACGCGUUGAAUCUGCAAAGUACCGCACCAAUGAUCAGUGAAUGUAGCUACAGGCCGAAUCAAUCAUCAACGGUACGCAGUGGCUGGGUCUAUGAUGAGCAACCUAACCGGCCUAUACAUAAUUCUUUUAUCAAUACUAUAAAGAAACCUCCACCAAGAAUAUUGGAAGCGUUACCUUCACAUCCGCAUGAUAGUAAACCAUUUAAGUCGCCCGUCCGUCUCAAAGAGAUGGAAUUGAAAGAGUAAGUGAUUCUUACUUAAAAUUUAAAUAAAUUUCAAGCAUAUUAAAAUAAAUGUUUUUAUAUUAGAAAUAUUUU